AUGGCAGAGGAAGAAGAAUACAAGGCCACACCAGCUACCUUACCUCGUUGUGAUUUCUAUCAUGUGCGAUUCAUGAUUCGCUUCUUUUUGACCGAAGUACUUGGACUGGGAAUGAUUAUAUUCAUAAUCACAUGUCAUUCCGCAUCGGGCGCCCUGACGAGCCCAGUUAAUGGACCAGUCACAGCUGCUGCCGCAUUUGCCGUCGCCGUGUGGACUAUCGGACCGGUUACCGGACCUCAAAUCACACCGAUUCUCUCUGUGGCAUUACUCAUGACAAGGCGAAUCAAUUUUGUCUACUGCAUACUCGGCAUAGCGGGCCAAAUCUGCGGUGCCCUAAUUGGUGUAGCGCUGGGAUCACAAAUGGUGCCCGGUCUCUCGGAGAAAAACAACUUGCUUUUGCAUUGGCCUGGAGCUGGUUUAUCCGACGGACAGGUGUUCGGAUUGGAAUGUAUAUGCAGUUUCUUCCUGAUCAUUUGUUGCUUGAGCACAAUAGAUGAAUUCCGAAAGCCACAUUGGAUUGAAGGGCAUAUAACCGUGUUCUCCCUCAUCGUUUACCUCUUGAUUUUGUUCUUGGCUUCUGUUUUGGCCGAGACAACGGGUGUUGGAAUGAAUCCUUCUGCAAGUUUGGCCGGGGCUAUAUACAAUCACAAUUUUGGAAAAAUAUGGAUCUAUAUCGUCGCACCUAUAUGCGGUUCAGUUAUUGCCGUUCUACUAUGGGAGAUGGUUCUGAGUGAUGGUGCAUCCUGGGAGCGUACAAAGCACUGGUGGACUGAUCCGUAUUUUGAUAGAACAAAGGACUACAAAAAACUCAAACGUCAAGAAGAAUUAGACUACUACACUGAAGAAGCUAUGUUACGUAUCGUUCACUCUAUGCACAAAUACUUUCACUUUGAGAAUGUCCCUUUGUUACACCAGUUGAUUCCUUCGCAGGCGUCUGAAACAAAGCUUAGUGAAACUACUAUCAUUAGCUAUCUUUUAAUUAGUUAUCUUGCUUGUUAUGUGACACGUGGAUGA